CCAUGUCCCACGGGGGUUUCGCAUGCGAGAUCGCCCAUGCCUCUCGGGCAGAUGAGGAAUGAUCAAUGGUUGCUUCCCCGUCUAGCAAACUAAUUACGCGACCAUUCUUCUCCUUCGACCAUAUCAUCCGCAGCUCCUCCAACUCUGACAUUUCGACCAGCCGACAGAACCUCAAUUCCUCCUCCAGAACUCUGCAGCCCGGCCCUCUCUAUCACUGCGUAACGGUCCGGAAUUGAGCUCAAGAGCCCCUCCGCCCUCGUCGUCCUCCUCCACUUCUUUUUCGACGCUCUAAGAGCGGCGCAUACUAAACCAUGACGAAACCCGGGGAGCUGGCGCCGUGGGAGAGCGCCGUUGCAGGUGCCACUGGUGCUGUCCUCGCAAAUGCGCUGGUCUACCCGCUGGACAUUGUAAAGACAAGAUUACAAGUCCAGAUAAAGAAGAAAGGCCAUGUACACCAACACACGGCCGAGCACCAUCACUACGAGUCGACUUGGGACGCUAUCAAGAAGAUUGUCGACCAUGAGGGCGUCAUCGGCUUAUACUCGGGCCUCAACGGCGCUCUGAUCGGUGUUGCCUCCACAAACUUCGCCUAUUUCUACUGGUACUCGGUGGUACGGUCGCUAUACACAAAAUACCGAACUGCCCCAGGAGGACAUCCCGGUACAGCUGCCGAGUUGUGUCUGGGCGCCGUCGCAGGGGCCAUUGCCCAGAUAUUUACAAUUCCCGUGGCGGUCAUCACCACGCGGCAACAGACACAACCCAAGGGCCACAAAAAGGGUCUGUUCGAGACGGGUAAGGAGGUCGUCCACAGCGAAGAUGGGUGGACUGGACUCUGGAGGGGUCUUAAGGCCUCUCUCGUGCUGUGUGUCAACCCAGCAAUCACAUAUGGCGCCUAUCAGCGUCUGAAGGACGUCAUGUUCCCGGGUCGGACUCGACUCCAUCCAUGGGAAGCUUUCAUCCUUGGAGCAAUCUCCAAAUCGAUCGCCACGAUCUGCACCCAGCCCUUAAUUGUCGCCAAAGUUGGCCUACAAUCCCGACCUCCCCCAGCUCGGGAAGGUAAACCAUUCAAGACCUUCACAGAAGUGAUGGCAUACAUCAUCGAGCAUGAAGGACCACGUGCUCUUUUCAAGGGCAUUGGCCCUCAACUCAUGAAGGGUCUCAUGGUGCAAGGUAUUCUCAUGAUGACCAAGGAAAGAGUGGAGUUGUUGUUCCUGUUACUCUUCUCCUACAUCCGGGUUUUCAGGGAGAGGAAGCUCAAGGAGGCCGCCGCCAAGCUCAAGCAAAAUGCCAAACCGUUGGCGGAGGGGCUCAAGAGCCGAGCCAUGCCAGUCGCAGAGAAUGUCCUGGAGAAGGCAAAGGCGAGCGUACCUGCUACCAUGAAAUAAGCGACGCGCGUUUGGUGAGUGGGCUUGAGCUUUUGGGAUAGAUCUUGGUGGGGAGGCUGGUGCUGGAAGCAAAGACAACAGGCCGGCCAAAGAUCAGCAUUUACUGAGUGUGCAUGGCGUUCGUGUUGCGUCAAAGAUCCGUACGGCUUUCUAUGUGGGAUGAUUUCCUGCUUUUCUUGUUGUGCACGUCCUGAGUUUAGUGCAUUCUGUCUAGACUGUAGCAUCAGGCGGCAGGUUUCAGAGGCAAUAUGAAGACAGAAAAGGCGAGCAAUGAGAGUAGAUGUUAAUGCGCAUUUGUGACCUGCUUACGAGAUCAGAUGAACAUGAUCAGUUCAAAUGAUGCCUGAAGGGAGAUCAUGCCGAU